CGCUGACGUCGGCCUUCAAGGCCCCCUCCCCGACCACCGCGAAGGAGGAGCCGGGGAGCCCGCGCCCCGCCCCCAUCCCCACCCCCGCGCGCUGCGGGCCCGGGGCGCAGAGAGGGGAGCAGAACCGGUCGCGGGGCGCACUGAGUUCCCCAUCCCCGGGCGGCGGGGUCGGGGCGGGCGUCGGUGCAGGAGGCCCAGGAGGUCCCAGCAUUUGGCCGUGGGCGGACACUCCUCCCAGAGGAGCCUCUCCCCAGCCAUGGAGAGCCCCAGUCUCCGAGAGCUCCAGCGGCCUCUGCUGGCGGGCGUGGGCUGCGAGCCGGCUGUCCAGAAAACUGGGGAGCCUGAGCUGGGGCCUCCCUUUCGAGAGACAGCCUUUGCGGAGUCGCUGAGGGGUUGGCAGUGCCUACCACCUCUUCCCUCUGUGAGCGCCAGCCUGGGGGAGCCAGGGCCCCCCGACCUUGAGGAUGUGUCAUCCAGUGACAGUGACUCAGACUGGGAUGGGGGCAGCCUUCUCUCGCCGCUCCUACCCCACGACCACCUCGGCUUGGCCGUCUUCUCCAUGCUGUGCUGCUUCUGGCCCGUGGGCAUUGCCGCCUUCUGCCUAGCCCAGAAGACCAACAAGGCUUGGGCCGAGGGGGACGUCCAGGGGGCAGGGGCCGCCUCCCGCCGCGCCUUCCUGCUGGGGGUCCUGGCUGUGGGGCUGGGCGUGUGCACUUACGCGGCCGCCCUGGUGACCCUGGCCGCCUACCUCGCCUCCCGAGACCCGCCCUAGUGGGCCCCGCGGCCCCCACUGUGAACCCAGAGGCCGGCAGCCCAGCGCGCCCGCGGUCAGAGAGGAGAAUCCGGGGGGAUGAGGCGGCGGCGGCGGCGGCAUCCGGAAUCGGGAGUGAGCUGGACCACCCCCUCGCCUUCCUGGCCGCCGCAACGUGAGAUUAAACGCCAGACACUCUUGC